UGCUUUAAAGCGAAUAAAGCAUCGAGUAAGGAAACACUUCAUAACCCAUAAUCCUCGGUGUUAUUGACUCUGCCGGGACUCCAGAUAUAUUUGCUUCAGUCGAUGGUUGCAGAACAUACUUUUUGUGUAAACUUCUGAACCCAGAGAAAUGGAUAACCAUGCUAUCAAAAAGCAGCAGACUAAAGCUGACACCGAACACUUUGACCAGCUCUUCGUUCAGAUAGUGAAUGACUUGACAGAACAGGACCUUAAUCAUCCGGAAGUGGGAGAUGCAAUUAGACGGCUGAAGCAGGUCUUGGAGUACAAUGCCCCCGGAGGUAAAAGGAAUCGUGGCCUGUCAGUCAUUGCUUCAUAUCGGGAGUUGGUCACUCCUGAGCAACUCACACCUGAGAACCUGCAGCGAGCCCUGGUGGUUGGCUGGUGCAUUGAAUUGCUACAAGCCUUUUUCCUAGUGGCAGAUGACAUUAUGGAUGCAUCUUUGACCAGAAGGGGGCAGCCAUGUUGGUAUAAGACCGAUGGUAUUGGAUUAGAUGCUGUCAAUGACUCCUUUUUGUUGGAAGCCACCAUCUACCGGCUGCUAAAAAAGUACUGCAGAGGAGAACCUUUCUAUAUUAACCUCAUCGAGCUCUUCCUGGAAACAAGUUAUCAGACAGAACUAGGUCAAGCUUUGGAUCUGAUCACAGCCCCACCUAACCAAAUAGAUUUGACACGAUUCACUGAUGACAGGUAUAAAGCAAUUGUCAAGUACAAGACUGCUUUCUAUUCAUUUUACUUACCUGUUGCUGCUGCCAUGUAUAUGGCUGGAAUUGAUGAUGAAAUGGAGCACAAUAAUGCCAAAGCAAUCCUCCUGGAGAUGGGAGAAUUUUUCCAGAUUCAGGAUGACUAUCUCGACUGCUUUGGGGAUCCAGCAAUAACAGGAAAGAUUGGCACCGACAUUGAAGAUAACAAGUGCAGCUGGCUAGUUGUAGAGGCUUUGAAGAGAGUCACUUCAGAACAGCGGCAGGUGCUAGAAUUGUGCUAUGGCCGCAAGGACAGUGAAAGUGUUAAUCGCGUCAAGUCUCUUUAUGCAGACCUGAAAAUGCCAAAGGUGUACAGUGAAUAUGAAGACAGCAGCUACCAGCGUCUAAUGGGUCUGAUUGAACGUCAUGCCAAUAAACUUCCCCACUCAAUCUUCUUGUCUUUUGCACAGAAAAUUUACAAAAGAAACAAAUGAAUCUCUGAACAAUGUAUGGCCUUUGACUGCAGUGGCCACAGUUGAAAGAAAGAGACCAACUGUGAGUCUACUGUCCACAUUACAGAGAGAGUGAGAAAAAACUGAACUUCUGUUGAUCUGUCUUGUGUUUUUAAUUUUGUUUUUCCCCCCCAAAACACAGAAGAAUCAAGUCACCUGCUUGACUUGCAACUAAGUUAUUUAUGAAAAUGUGCUGCAUAUGUUCAUGUUUUUAUUUCUGUUGUUUUGUAUAGACAUUAUUUUUAGUGGGAUUUCAUAGGUUAGAUAGACUGGACUAACGUUAAGUCUGUUUACACCUCCUCAAUCCCUUCAGUCAUGCCAGUGCCUUUCAUACGGUUAAAAGUUUAGAACAAUAUACCUGAACUCUUGAGAUACACAAGUUACUGUGGGCACAAUAAAUGCUGUUGUCACAA